UCUAAGAUACAAGAAAUUUCACCAAUAUCAAAUGCACUUAAAAUAGCUAGUUCUAAAUUUCUCCAAAUUGAAAAAGCUCUUGAAAUGUGGAUUGGUACUGUAGAACAAUAUAAGCUUACUCUUACAAGUAAAGUAAUUUGUCAAAAGGCACUUCAGUUUGCAGCAUUGUUAGGUAUUUCAGAAGAGGAGUUUAGAGCAUCUCAAGGCUAG